AAAAAAAAAAGGUAAACGCUCUACUGUAACGAUUCGAUUUUUUUCAAACUUCGCUCUAAAUUUAUAUUAUUGAGGUGGAUCUAGAAUUUGAAAUUUACGGAGGAAGAAAGGUGCAGAGGAAGAGAGAUGACGAUACUGUAUGCGCUGGUAGCGAGGGGAUCGGUGGUGUUGGCGGAGCAGAGCGGGACGUCAACGAACGCGAGUACGAUCGCGAGGCAGAUUUUGGAGAAAAUCCCGGGGAAUAAUGAUUCCAAUGCUUCGUACUCACAGGAUCGGUAUAUUUUCCAUGUUAAACGCACUGAUGGCCUUACCGUACUCUGUAUGGCGGAUGAUAGUGCUGGAAGAAGAAUCCCUUUCGCAUUUCUUGAAGAAAUUCAUCAAAGAUUUGUGAGGACCUAUGGCCGAGCAGUUCUGUCUGCGCAAGCUUAUGGUAUGAAUGAUGAAUUUUCAAGGGUGCUUAGCCAGCAAAUGGAAUACUACUCUAGUGAUCCAAAUGCAGACAGAAUAAACAGGCUAAAGGGUGAAAUGAGUCAGGUGCGCACUGUCAUGGUUGAGAAUAUUGAUAAAGUUCUAGAGAGAGGUGAUCGCUUGGAAUUGCUGGUCGAUAAAACAGCUAAUAUGCAAGAGAACACUUUCCGCUUCAGAAAGCAGGCUCGCCGUUUCAGAAGCACUGUAUGGUGGAGAAAUGUCAAACUCACGGUGGCACUGAUAUUCCUCCUCCUUGUGAUAGUUUAUGUUGUUUUGGCUUUCGCUUGUCAUGGACUCACACUUCCAACUUGUUUGAAGUGAGGAUUACUGGAUCAGCAUCACAUCUUUCGUCCUGAAACAUUAUUUUGCAAUUUUUUCAUCUUAAUUAAUCUUGGGGUAAAGCUUGGAUGUGUAUUUUGGCAUGGAUUUCAUCCUUGAUAUGUAUUAAUCGUGUGAUAUCCUUGAGUUUAUAAGCAAGCCAAAACUCUUGGUUUGAUAAUGUAGAUUGUAUUUAUAUAUAAUUUUGACCCAUGUGAGGAAAAUGAAGGGGUCAAAUAACUCAUGAUUGAUUUCUUGGCUUGAUAUCUGUGUUGAAAUAUAUCUUGACUAUCUUUUUAUUUGCA